AGCGGAUGCGAUGCAAUCACACCCACAGUUAGCAUAUACCAAGCUAAAGCUAAGAUGGCCGACUCCUUCGAGUUAAUCGUUCCUUAGCGUGAAAUUUACAACUUAUAAGAGUCCAUACAACUAAAGCUAUGUAACUUUAACUAUACCCCUAUUUAAACUCUCUGCUUUUUCCAUUCUCACUAGAAGGAAAAUAUCAUCUUUCACGACUUAUAACCAGCCUAUAGGGUAGCAAGUCGCAAGGUAUGGCUGAUUGUGAAGCAGGGACUCAGCCGGCAACGGCUCCGCCUACUCCCGGCACGCCGUUGCCGCUAUUCCAGUCAUUUCGAGUGGACUCCCCGUCUUACGACCGGAAGUCAAUGCCGUGGUGCAAUAAGUGUUUGCCAGUGGACGCUCCAACUUUGGGAACGAUCCACACAUGUCUCGCCCCGGAUAUCUCGCUAACCCGCAAGCUUGGAGCAGAGUUCGUAGGGACGUUCAUCCUCAUAUUUGCAGCGACGGCCGGACCGAUCGUCAACCAAAAAUACAACGGCGUGGAGAGCCUAAUCGGCAACGCCGCAUGCGCCGGACUAGCGGUGAUGAUCGUGAUUCUGUCCACCGGACAUAUUUCCGGAGCCCAUCUUAACCCUUCCCUCACCAUUGCCUUUGCAGCGUUUCGCCACUUCCCGUGGGCCUACGUCCCGGCCUAUAUUGUAGCCCAAGUCUCGGCCUCCAUAUGCGCUUCCUUUUGUCUCGUUGCCGUUUUCCACCCCGUCAUGUCCGGCGGCGUCACUCUGCCUUCCACCACCGUCGUUCAAGCUUUCUGUCUCGAAUUCCUCAUAUCUUUUAAUCUCCUCUUCAUCGUGACAGCCGUUGCCACCGACACCCGCGCAGUUGGAGAGCUGGCGGGAAUAGCUGUCGGAGCUACAGUCAUGCUUAACAUUCUUGUGGCGGGGCCAUCGAGCGGCGGGUCAAUGAACCCGGUGCGGACACUGGGACCGGCGGUGGCAACCGGGAAUUACGAGUCAAUGUGGAUAUAUUUGACUGCGCCAACACUGGGUGCCCUCGCCGGGGCAGCUGCCUACACUUUAGUGAAGCUUCAAGAAGGGGAUUUAAAUGAACCACCGCGCCAACACCGUAGCUUCCGCCGUUAGCUUCAACUGCUGCUCUGUAUAUAUCAUACUUUUUGCCAGUUACUACACUAUGUGGGCUGUGCUGAUCUCGGCCGGGAUGGGCUGGGCCUGUCCAGGCUGGUUUGGGCAUGCAUCCGCUUGUGUUACAUUUAUUUGAUUUUGUUUCUUUGAUAGUUUGGGGUGCAUUGUUGUAUAUAUGAUUUGAAGCCAUGAAGGCGUUGACAUAAUAUAAGCGUCUAUUGUACCA